AUAUACAUAUAUACCAGUGAAUAUAUAUACCGAGCAUAAAUGCUGGUCUCACACUCUUCAAUUUAAAUGCAGUGGACUACGAAUUGACCUUGAAGUGCAACAGGAUUUUUAUGCACAAUUGCAAUUAUGUCUGGCUCUGAAGAUGAUGACUGGUUUACCAAAGACGAGGAGGAGAUUGAGCAGAGCUUCCAGGACCAGGUGAAGCAACAGGAUGAGCAGAAGGAGGAGGAUGAGCAGAUAUUGUGCAGCGAUGCCGUGGACUGUUUGAAACAACUUGAUUUGGAGAGCAGCGCUGGUGAAACCAAGGCAUCGGGUCGCUUUGCAACCAUAGAACUGUCGAAAGCAUUGAAAAUGUUACCCGUGGAUAUGUUCCUCUAUUUCAUGUCGGAGGAUCGGGAUUUGUUUGUGGCUCAACUUGCCGGCAAUGACAGCCUGAAGCGUCUGUCCAUACUUUUGGAAGCUCUCAAGUCGAUCUGUCAGCUGGAGCUGGGCGGAUUCGAUGAUCAGUUCUUGGCCGCCUUCUCCAAGCAGACGGUAAUCUUCAAUUCGUUCCGGCGUUUUGCCCUGGCGAUCUCCGCAAACGCUUUGCAAGGCAAAUGCGAUGCAGAAUCUGAGCAGAUUUUAAGGAACAUGAUAUGGCUGAUGGCACGAGCGAACAAGAUCGGAGUUCUUGGACAGCAGGGCUACGAAUUGGUGGGCAUCUGCAAGAAGCUGAUCGCAGAAAGCAAGCUGCCGCAGCUUCUAGCCUCUGACUUGUCUCAAGAGCUGGAGGUGUUUACAGACACACUGCCAGCCUUGAUCAACGUUAAGGGCGAAAUCUACCCAACGGUGGACAGGCUGCUCCAGCUGGAAAACUUGGAGCCACCCAAUCCACCAGCACCAUCUGCGUCCAACCAAGUGGCAGACUAUCUAAGCACACAGCGUCACAUACUGCAGCAGGAUUUCUUUCUGCCUUUACUGGAAUUCGUUCAGUAUCUACGAGCCGGAUGCAAUGUAGAUGGUCUGGAGGAGCGGGGUCUCCUCUGGCGAGGCACACAACUUGAUCUGAAUCCGGAAUUUGUGGAUGCGCAACGACACAGCCUGGUUUUCCUUAACCUACGACCUGUCGCUGACUCAAAGAAGAUAAAGAUUAAUAGAAAAUUGAUGGAGAACUUCAAAACGGGUGCUCUGCUGUGCCUGACCACUGGCUUGGACUUUGAGAAUCUCAUUUUGUGCACCGUUGGCUACACCGAGCCUGCCAAGCUGAACGAAGGACUUCUGAGUGUGGUGAUUGUAAAACAAUACAACAUUGGCAACAUCUACGAGCGACCGUUGAUGAUGUUCCAGACGCCCGUAUUCUUUGAGCCAUAUGUUCGGGUGCAUAAUUACCUGAGCACCUGCAGCACAGAGCAGUUCCCAAUGCGUCGCUACAUUGUGGAUGGACAGAUUGAUAUACGGCCACCAGCGUACAUUAAACCUGACGUUAAGCUCACGUAUAAUCGGAAACCGUUUACGCCGUCGCAGCCACCCCAGGACCUGAUUUUAAAUGACAGGCAAAGAAAUGCAUUUGAGGCAGCCUACACCAAUGAGUUCUGCAUUAUACAGGGACCGCCUGGUACAGGCAAAACGCAUGUUUCUGUGGAGCUGGUAAACAGUCUUAUACAGAACGCCAAAGUGCUGGGCACUGGACCCAUCAUUGUGCUAACUUAUACGAACGACUCUCUGGACAAGUUUCUGGUAAAGGCAUCGAAAUACACAAGGGAAAUACUGCGCUUCGGUUGCCAGACGCGCGAUCCACAAUUAGCCAAAUUCAAUGCCAAUUCAAUGCUUGACCCGGAGCUGGUACCGCCACGCCUGAAGCGCGUGUGGUGGCUGGUGAACACUGAAUACAAAGAGCAGUUCCAGCGACUUCAAACGCUGUACGCCAACUUUGAUGGGAGCGAGGGGAGCUACCAGGAGACCCUGGUCGCACAGGAGCAGCUGCAGCAGGUGUCCGAGAGACUGGACACUGUGCGCAUCAUCUUCCAAUAUUAUUUGGCUAGAAACAAGGAUCUGUUGGCCAUGACCACAACGUGCGCGGCUCGUUUGAAUUUUCUGUUUCGUCUGCUGAAAUCCAAGUGUUUCAUCUUCGAGGAGGCAGCCGAGAUUCAGGAGGCACACAUACUGGCCUGCCUCACACCCCACACGCAGCACGUUAUUCUCGUGGGGGACCACAAGCAGCUUCAGCCCUUCACUGGCUGCAGCCAGCUGUCGCAAGUCUCCCUUUUUGAGCGCCUCAUCGAUAAGGGCCUGCCCUAUUCUCUGCUCAAUGUCCAGUACCGAAUGCGUCCCUGCAUUUCGGGGCUUCUGGUGCCCAGCAUCUAUGAGGAGCUGCUCUGCUCGGACUCGACGAAUGCUUACGAAGACGUCCGCCUUAUGGACAAGAAUUUGUUCUUUGUGUCGCACAAUAAACCGGAGAAACCGCAGCUAGAUAUGUCCAUUGAGAAUAUUCACGAGGCCAAAGAGCUGGCUGAGCUGACGGAAUUCCUGCUGGAAAAAUCGAAAUACGAGGCCAGUGAUAUUGUGAUUCUGUCACCCUACAAUGCCCAAGUGGAGCGCAUCAAGAAAACGCUCCCGAUGAAAUAUGCAAAGGGUCCAAAUAGUGUCCAGGUGUCGACCGUGGAUAGUUUCCAGGGCCUGGAGGCGAACAUUGUGCUGCUCUCGCUGGUGCGCAGCAAUCCGUCCGGCCACAUAGGGUUUCUGGGUAAGCCGAAUCGUGCUUGUGUGGCCCUUUCCCGUGCACGCUGGGCGCUCUACAUCAUUGGGAACAUGGAGACACUGCUGCAGGGCAACUCUGAGCUGUGGUCAGCGAUUGACAAACGUUUGAAGGAGGCCAAUGCCAUAGGCGAGGCAUUUCCAAAAGUAGUUUGAUCUCCAAUUAAAAAACAACAUAACGUUUGUUAUACAUUUGAUUCCUGGUUUUAUUCGUAUGUAUGUAUGUAUGAGGGGAGGGUGGAGGUUCUCUGAAUGAAGAUGGCCUGCCCAUGUGCGCCUCGGUAUCAAUCAGAUUUACAUUUAGUAUUAUUAUUUGUUGAAACUGUCAUAUUGAAUUGUUGAAUUUCACAUUGUAUAUGCUGGUA